CUGAGUUAUACUAAAGUCAGUCACAGGAAAAUGUAACAUAAUUCCGGAAAUAAGCGCACUUUCCACAUAUCGUAGCAAUGGCAACUAGUGGAGAGGAUCCACUCAAAAACGCAUUUCUUGCUUACUGCAGUGUUAUUUCACAUGAUUCCACUAAGGGAAAUUCGUCCACCAUACGAAAAAUGUGCACAGAUACGGGAAUAAACAAGACAAAAAUGAAACAGAACGAUGUAGAUUUGGAAUACACUCGGUGUUUCGGGACCAGUAAAGAAGCAAUUGACUACCGAGCAUUUUUACUUUUUGUCAACGAUUUCCUUGGACCCACUUAUGGCCGAAUGAACGGAUUGGAGAAAGACGAGGCAGUGGCAGAAAUCCGGGAAAAGUUAUCCAACGCAAGGCCACAGCUAAAAAACACAACUAAACCAUCCAACGAUGCGGUUACUCAGCGUUUAUUCAAUCCGGAAAAUUAUCCACAAGCUCACAGAGACAACACGGGCACCAGCACAAGAAAAGCCGGAUACAAUCCACCACCUGGUCGUCAACUCAAUAAAAAAUGAAAGCACUUAUCCUCAAUGGAUGUCAACGGAUUUCUGAUCGGUUGUCCGUUAGUUAUCUGCACAUAAACACACGUCGGCAAUUUUUGUGGUUUAUGAAUACUGAUACCCUAUCCGAUCCAAAAGAUAAAACAGUCCAGACGGUAGCACUGUUAUUCUUUGCGUUCGCGACACAGUUGUGAAACAGACUGGAUAAAAUUUCCUGCACUUAUCCCUCGAAGUUGAUUUUCACCUAACCAGUAGAUCAACUGAUCUCAUGUGAUAGGUUU